AUGGGCGAAGACCACUCUGCCGCACAGUCCUCCACUCCGCGCGGGUCCACAGCAGCUCCCGCCAGAGCCUCUUCGCCAUACUCCCACUCUCCCGGUCUCGUCGCGCCUGCCUUCUCCCAGGAGCACCUGCCAUGGAUAAUGAAGUCAGCGCAUGAGAAGCCAUACGAGGAGGAGCUCAAGAAGCGCAUACUCGCCCUCUCACAGAGGCCAGAGGAGUUCCUAUACGGCGAGUUGGACCCAUCGCUGCUCAUUGACAUGCGCCAAGCCACCCUCAUGGCUGCGUCUGUGCUGCAGGUCCGUCCGUCCCUCUCUCUACUACUACAGUCCUCCGACAUGGAUAUUCCUCCCUCUUUCAUUUACCAGACUGUCCGUUUUUCUCCCUUAUCCCCGUUCCGUUCCCUCUGUCCCCGCUCUCUGCCUCUCCCUGUACGUCCUUCUGUGCUUCUACCCUUGCAUCUCCCUGUGCUCCUCACGGUGUUUCACCCACCUUCCCAACCCCCCCCAAUACCUCCCGUCCCCCCCGUCCGCCCUCCAACCACCCUUCGUCCCUCCUUCCCAUCCGCCGUAUGGCAGGUGGACGAGGAGCUGAGGCAGCUGCGGCUGCGGUUUGUGCCUCGGGUGAUGAAGGAGCAGGAGUUCUGGCGGCGCUACUUCGUAGCCGUCAAGGCCGUCAAGCACCGAGUCCUCACGCAGCCUCUGCUGCCGCCGCAGCACGAGCACCCGCAGAAGGAGGUGCCGGAUAGCCAGCAGCAGCUGCAGCAGCAGCAACAGCAGCAGCUGCAGAUGCAGAUGCAGCAGCAGAGGGGGAUUAAUGGGAGUGCCCCAUCGACCAAGUCACUCAUAUCAUCGUUCUCUACCAUGACCAAUGCUGGUGCUGCUGCUGGUUCUGGUGCUGGUGCUGCUGCUGCUGCUGCUGCUGCUGCUGCUGCUGCUACUACCGGCAUGACCCCAGACAUGAGUCAAGAAUUAUUAACCCCAGACAUACGUGGCACGAGUGGCAGAACUAGUAGUGUUACUGAUGGAGGUACAAGCAGUGGUGGUGGUGGUAGUGGCGGUAAGGAACAUCUCGUUUCUUCCACUUCCUCGCUGAAAUGCGGUGGCAGCUCUGGCACACCCCAUCCGGCAAUGAUCGCCCGGGACAAUGCUGCUGCUGGCGCCACAGCAGUAGCGGGAGGAGGAGUAGGAGGAGAAGGUGGCGGAGGGGAGUCUGCGCUGCCACGGACGGGGAGUGGGCGACGUUCAAUGUCGUUUAGUGGGACUCAACCAUGGACAUCCCCUCCAGCCGGGCGGCCUUUGUCGCCGGGCAAGCAGAGACCACCUGUGGGCAGGGGAAGGAGCGACAAGGAGCGGGCUAUGCGACGCUCGCUAGCACGGGAGGAGUCAAUGGACGAGGGGGACAUGGAGGACGCCUUCCAGCCCAUCUCCGUGCCCUCCUCUGUUACCAUUCGCCGCCUCGCCCAGGCUCUCAACAUGGCGCGUGCGUUUGCAACAGUGGAGGACAUGGCAUGUGAAGGCAGCAUGGACGACUCGCCAGAGGCACGCAGCAGCAGCGGCGGGGCACGAGGGACGCCAGGCAGAGGGUCCAUGGUGGGAGGGGGAGCCGGCAUGGGUGGCGCUGGCAGUGGCAUGAGCGGAGGGGGCAGAGGAGGAGACGACGAAUACGCCUUGCCCGCACAUUUAGCUUUACCGGAGGAGGAGGAGGGGGGAGUGGUGGUGGGAGUGGCGGGCGCAGGCACAGUCGCACGCGCACACUGGCGUUCAACCCUGGGGAGUACAGUGCACUGCUCUGGUCGCUCUUUGACCUUGGUGCGUGCUGCUGCUCUUGCCCUCUGUGCUCCUGUCCUCUAUCGGCCUUCUGCCAAUUCUACCUUUCUCCCCAUUCCAUUCCCCCCAUCGUCGUCCCGUCCUCCCAAUUCCAUUCUCCCCAUCCGUUCGCCUUCCAAUCCCCACCCGAUCCCCAUCGCAUCCCUCUCGCCCAAUCCUCACGCACAACCAGAGGACGAGUCAUGGGAGACUGCAGAAGGUCUGGAGCCUCUGUCGCUCGGCCAAACCACCAGCGCCAGCAUGAGUAGCAGCAGCAGCCUCACAGGCCACAAGCAGGCAGGCGCAACGGGGCGAUCCGAGCCGUCCAUUGUGCACGAGAUCCACGGCGCGCCACCGAGUGGGUUUGUGGCUCAGCUGGCAGAGACGAUGGCGGGGAUCUCAUCAGACUCUAAGAUGGCGGGAUUCUGGAUGCAGAUCGUCAUGGAGGUGGGUGCGGUGGAGCUGAGUGCGGUGGAGCUGCGGCGGCGGUGGGCAGCGCGGCGGUUCAUCCCGCGUGUCCCUCAGGACAGCGAUCCGGACCUACACACGUGCCUGCUGCACCAGCACCUGCACCUCCUCAACUGCUGCACUGCUCGCCGCCUGCGCCGCUCGCACCAACUCGCACAUGGAAGCCCCUCCAGCGCUGCUCCUGCUGGGAUUGUAUAUGGGAGUGCCUCCGGGAGUGGAUAUGCGGGAGGGAGUGCGUUUGGGAGCGUGGCUGAGGGUUGUGAAGGGAGGGAAGCGAGUGAGGGUUCUGUUGGGAGGGGUGGAGGAGGCGAGGAAGGAGAGAGUGGGUUGAGAGAAGUGGAAGGGGGAGCAGCGGGCUUGUGCAUGGUGGGAGGGGUGAGGAGGAGGGGGGUGCUGCGGCGGGUGCCGGGGCUGGACCUUCUAGACACGGGGGAGCCUCUCUGCGCGCCCAUCACCCAGGAGGGACCGUUGCUGACAGAAGUCACCCUGAGAGAGCAAGAGGAGCUCAUCAUGAGGACUGGCAGUGUGGGCACGGGCUGUCAGCAGCUCUUUUCAGACAUGCAGGCCUUCAAGGCAGCGAAUCCCGGGUGCAUCUUGGAGGAUUUUGUGCGAUGGUACUCGCCGCCCGACUGGAGCAUGUUGCCGCCCACGCCGCCCGAGAGGGAGGCCGGCAGUGUGGGUGCUGGAAGUGGAAGUGACAAGGAGAUUAGAGGAGGGGACGGGGAGGAGAGCGAUAAGGGAGAUGGAGUGAAGGGAGGAGCAGGAGAAGUUGCAGGGAGUGGAGUGGUGGAGGGGAGACGGAAGCAUGGUUAUCUGAGCGUGAGGAUGACAACACAAGGCAAUCUGUGGCAGGAGCUAUGGAACGCAGCGCGGCCCAUCCCUGCUAUUCUGCAGCCACCGCUCUUUGACGAGGAGCUCGCAGGGGAGAGCACACUGGAUGCACUGGAAAACAUUGCCCCUUCGGAUCUUUUCGAACAGCUUUUCAUUGCUGCGCUGUCAGCGGGGUUCGGCCUGGCGCAAACGGCCCUAGCGGGGUCAAGGCGGGAGGCGGUGUGUUUCAACGUGCAAGAGUGUGCAUCCUACGUGGCUGCCACAUGCACGCGAGGCAUGAGCUCUGCUAAGAUCGAUCGUCUCUGCCAGGUUUAUGAGCACAUGGAGACUGCUGUCCUCGCGUACAACGAUCCCUCCUCCCCCUCGCCUUCCCCUGGAUCCACCACCUCAUCUGACGUCACCACACCGGAAGCCCAUCCUCACGCCGCCGGAAUGUCUGCCAGUGCAGGUGCAAGCAGUGGCGGCGAUCCUGAUGGGGACAGCUUUACCACGCCUCCCCGCCCCCUGUCCCUGCUCUUCUCCCAGUCUCCUGCAAAGGCUGGGUCUGGGGGUGGCAUGUUGAGUGGAUGGUUCCACUCGAGAAGUGGCCGCUUUGAAAUGGGGCGCGAGGAUGAUGGCGCUGACUGA